AUGCUGGCUGCCGCGCUUUGCGGAGAAUUUGAGGCAUGCGAUGACAGCGGGAUGCUCGGCUACCUCUCGAAACAUGCUCGAAUUCGUACUUUGCGCUUUCACUCCAACGCGGAUGGGCAGACUAUUGCUGCUUGGCCACGGCCAGCCAGACUUCCCAACACCACGGGAUCCCUGGCGGCCUACACCUCCCGCAUCGCAGCAUUGGCAAGAUUUCCAGGCCAGUGGCAAGCUGCCCUCGCGGUGCUUUGCGGUAUGCCCCAGCGUGCCUUGCAGCCAAACGUCUUUAGCUUCACAGCUGCCAUCUCUGCCAUGGCCAAGUGCACACGAUGGCAAGUUGCGGAAGCACUCUUUGAAUUCAUGCAGGAAAACCUGGUGUCGAGUAAUGCAGUGAGCUUCAACUCCAUUUUAAAUGCCUAUGCGAGAGCUGGCAAGUGGGACUCGGCACAGAAGAUCCUUGAGUCCAUGCCCUGCAUCAGAGUAUGCCCAGAUGCUAUAAGCAUAAGUACCGCCAUCAGCGCUUGCAAACGAUCCGGGAACUGGAAAGCAGCCGUAGGCUUUCUAGCAGCUUCCACUGUGCUCCGGGCACCUGUCACCACCGUGACCUGCAACGCCCUCCUGACUGUGUGCGAAUCGGCGUCCCAGUGGCAGAUAGCCAUGGUGCUGGUCAGGAAUAUUGGCAAGGCAUCGCUGCAGACGGACGAGAUCACUUACAACACUGCUAUCAGCGCUUGUGGCCAAGGUGGCCAGUGGCCUCAAUCUGUUGCCUUGUUCGCAGCUGCCGAGGCCCUCAAACAGACCAGUGCCGCGACCUACAAUGCCUGCAUGCAUGCACUGCAGCAGAACUCGCAAUGGCAUCGAGCAUUGACCCUGUUUGGAAGGAUGCACGGCGCUCGGAUAAGACCUGAUGCUGCUAGCUUUGCCACCAGCAUCAGCAGCUGCCAUCAUUCAGCUGAGUGGCAGCUCGCCAUGCACCUUCUGAACGAGAUGUCGUCGGCCAGCGUGGCUCGCAACUCGGUGGUCUGCAAUGCAGCCCUGACGACCUGCGAGAAGGCUGGUGAGCGGAAGAUGGCUUUCAGGCUCUUAAGAGCACUUCCGAGGCACGGGGUUGUGGCAGACGAGAUAAGCUACAAUGCGACUAUUAGCGCCUGCGCAAAGACAGAUCGCUGGGACAUUGCGAUCCAAGUGCUGGAAGAGAUGCUGAUGGCAAGCGUUCUUCCCAGCGAAGUAAGCAUCACGGCAGCCCUCGCAGCUUUUGAGAUCAGCGGCGAGUGGGAGCAGGCUAUUCAGAUGAUGGACUUCCUGCUCUCACAGGCACCAUCGCCAUCUCUGGUCUGUUUCAAUGCCCUGCUCGGCACCCUCAGCAAGGCUCUGCAGUGGGAGCGCUCUCUGAAGCUUCUUGUGGACAUGGGCGGGGAUGGCAUAACCUACCAGACCACACUUGCUGCAUGCAGCUCGGGGAGCAAGUGGAAGCUCACUUUGUGCUUACUACGGGAGAUGCAAAGCCUGCCUCUCAUGGGGGAGUCUUUCAGCGUCGCGAAGGAGCUUGCGGCUGCUGCUUGCGAAUCGUCGAUGCAGAGACCCAGGGCACACCAGGCAGCAGCGAGAGACGCGUGGCCUUGGCCUGCAGCACGGCCUGGGCUCUGCUACAUGCGACGGAAAAGGAAACGUGGUCAGGUCAGGUCUGUUCUUGAAACUUUUUGUACUUGGCAUGCAGAGAGAUCGUAG